UCCAGCGGGGAGCACGCGUAUACGGCGCUCCUCAAAAAAUGAAGCCGAACACUCGAUUUCAAAAAGGUCGAAGUGAUAUCAAAAGCUAGUUUGAAAUUAUAAAAUGACAGUGUUCCAAGUGAUGCUUUGUGAUCGUAAAUCAGGAACGGAAAUGAGGUGCCGAAACGGAGUACCUAUCUUUUAAACUCGCGCGCUGAGAUUAAAACAAGAUUUAUUUCGGAAAACAACGGAGAUACGGAGUUUAUUUUAAAAGCUUCCUAUUCAUUACGUUAUAUAGCUAAUCCUCACUCCCGCUUGUGCUAAAGUCGUACCUUGUACGAACCACUUACACGUAACGACCCUUUGUAAAAAUAGAAGCGAGUUAUCUUUGAAAAAACUUUUAAUAUACGGGGUGUCAUUAAUUUUAAAGGCUGAAGAUGUCGUUUGGAUAUUUGUCAACGAGUUAAUUACGGACAAGAAUAAAUGUUGACAGAUUUAGUGGAAGCAGAUAGAGAUAAGUUGUGACAUGAUGCUUCUAAGCUAUUUAGUAAUUAAACUAUAGGGUUAAUUAAUUUGGACGAUUUAUGCUAAUUAGGAACUUUGUGGCAUAAAAGUGACAAUGAAAAGAAGAAGAGUGUCAAUUUAAAACAGUUGUGUGUAAAAUAAUAUAAAAUGGCUUGUAAUUUGAAAUGGAUGAAGAGACAUUCCUGUGUGCUUAAAGCGGUUUUGCUGUUCAUUACGCUAAUUUACGAAGCCGGAGGUCUUCGUACCACGGAACUACGCAUUACCCCCCGAGUCGUACAACGUGGUAGAAAUGUCACAAUGGCGUGUGUAUAUCAGUCUAACGAUUAUGGAAUUUAUUCCGUGAAGUGGUACAAGGGUGCGCAGGAGUUCUACAGAUACUCGCCAUUGGAAAACCCCACGACCAGGGUGAUGCCAGUCACUGGGAUUAAGGUUGAUAGGUUAAGGUCGAACGAGACACACGUAGUGAUAGUGCGAGUUACGCCAGCGCUUAGCGGCAAUUACAGCUGCGAAGUCAUACUAAACGCGCCUUCAUACCCCCACUAUACUGCCAUGGGUAGACUGGAUGUAGUUGGGAUCGGCGGUCUCCGAGCAACAGAACUGAGGAUAUCCCCACCAGUCGUACAGCGUGGUUCAGACGCGACCCUCGCCUGCUUGUACGAGUUGACGGACGCCCCACUGUACUCCGUCAAGUGGUACCGGGGUAGGCACGAGUUCUAUCGGUAUUCGCCUACUGAGACGCCAGCUACGAAGAUAUUCCCUUUCGCUGGGAUUAAUGUUGAUUUGGCGCGGUCGAACCAGAGCCAGGUGGUCCUCACGAGGGUCAGCUUUGGACUGUCAGGGAAUUUCAGCUGCGAGGUGACGGCUGACGCUCCUUCCUUCGCUACCUCCAUCGUCUCAAACAAUAUGGAAGUAGUUGUUUUACCACCGUCUUCUCCAUCAAUACACACCAGUCAGCACUACUACACGCCCGGAGACGUGAUGAAGGCCAACUGCUCAUCAGGGCCCAGCCGACCCCCGUCCGUGCUAGAGUUCUUCAUCAACGACCUUCCUGUCAUGCCAGGGUUGUACCAAGUGCACCCGGCCUCCGAGGGUCUGUUCCGGGCUGACCUUUACGUCCAGAUCCAGCUGUGGCCGGCCCAUUACGAGAGGGGCGCCCCUAUACUCCGGUGCGAGGCCAAAGUCGGAGACUUGUAUAGAGAAGACUCCACUGUGGCUCUUUAUUCGGCCAACAGUGACCCCAAAAUUGAGAGAGUAACUUCACCAGGGUCCUCCGCAAAUCUGCAAGCGUGCCAAAUCUUAGUAUUAGUUCUCCUGUUAGUUUGGGCAAAUAACACAUAGACAAAUUAAGACUAUACUUAUAUAAAAAGUGCCAAAGACUCUAAAUGCUCGAUUUGCAUAAUUAAAUUAUAAAAAUUUCAUGUACAUAAUUUUAUAUUAUAAAAUUUUUGAUUAAGAAAAAAUUACGUUGUACAAAAAAAAAUCGCAAUACAAUUUUUUUUUAUGGGUGAUCUAGCACACGUUUAAUAAAAUUAAAGGUUAGUCUUUCGUUUAUAUUUUUAAAUGUGCAAUUAUUUAAAUAAUGAUAUAUUAAUAUUUUGAAUCAUAAAAGACGUCGUUAUUGACGAUUAUGCCAUUUGAAAGUUGAGAAAGUAAUGCCAAAUGUGGGCCUUGAACCUUGAAGUAUAGCGGUGAAACUGAUAGAAGGUAUACCCUUCCAGGGUAUACCUUCUACCUUGGAACAGGCAAGAAUGAAGAGGAGAUAUAGUCUAUUUCUUUAGAUGCUGUAAAGGUAAACAAUCCUAGAAUUACUUUUAUAAUAUAAUCAAAACAUAUUAAGGUAUUAUUUUUUUAUUUUUGUUAAUCCGAAUAACUGUAUUUUAAUAUGUUCUUUUUUAUUUUUGUAAUAAAUUGUUAACAAAUGAACAAAAUUUUUUGUCUCAAAUAAACUGUGGUUUAUAGUAAAAGUAGUCAAUUAUGACAACUUAU